AUGAGCAAGUGGAUCCCCACGGGUCAUGGCUGUGACUGCAAACUGUGUCACGAGAACAACCAAUCAUGGAGAAUCUUCCUGUCUGACCUCAGAUUCUUGUCCUCUGUUCACAGGGCUCAUCCAGGGGUGACCCACGCCCUCACCACAACGGAUAUUGCCAUCAUUGCAGGCGUGAUUGCUAUUGUGGCCAUCGUCCUAGUCUGCCUCCUCUUCGUCUUGCUGCACUACAUGUACCGGCACAAGGGCACGUACCACACCAAUGAGGCCAAGGGUACGGAGUUUGCUGAGAGUGCAGAUGCAGCCCUGCAGGGCGACCCUGCCCUCCAAGAUGCUGGUGACAAUAGCAGAAAGGAGUACUUUAUUUGAGGGACAACAGACUUCACUUCCCUGAAUGCCUCCUCCAGCUCCAUCGGGAAAAACAUACCCCAUCGCCCAGCAGCACCCCUACUGAUACCACCAGGCAGAAAGAGAGACAGCACUUGCUCCUUCCCGAGAUAGGCACCUGAAAACACUAGGUGUCUGUCCAGGGAGGAACGGAGGAGGACUCGCGCUGCAAGGGGCCUCUCCCAGGGACCCAGGGAGGCGGUGGCCAUCCCAGAGGUCACCCUUUGCUUCGCGGAGGUGGGAGAAAAUCUGGGCACACGGGGCCCCCUGGGUAGUGCAGGACAGUAUCAGCUCACUGGCAGGAAAGUCCUUGUUGAGGGAGAGGGGGUGCCGGGGUACCCGGGGGCUGGGGAAGCAAGGAAAUAAGUCAUCUGUGUGCUGACUGGGGAUAAUGGCAUCAAAUGUCAGUCCUUGACAUUUGGGGGAAACAGCAGGUGCCGGAGCUAAAAGGUACCUUUGUCUCCCAUUGAUCCAGCUCAAAACGAUUGGAAAUAAAUUUGAAAUGUAACCGAG